CAAGCAAUGUUUCGAUACCUCGCUGCUCUGAUUCUCGUCGUCGCCUUGGCGACGUGUACAAACAAGUCUGUUGAUGCCCGCGUGGUCCACCCCAUCGUCACCCUCGAGGCCGAUGGCUCAUCUCCCACCUCUGGCGAUGGUCGUCGCCUGAUCAGCUCCACCAACCAAGAUGAACUUGGAGCGUUAUGCCAACAGAUGCACUACAAGACGUUGUGCUCCACGAUGACGACACUGCCUGGGGUGACUACGCCAGAGCAACUCUUAGAUGCAUCCCUGCGGAUUACAGCGGUGAAGGCAGCGAUGGCGGAGAUGAAGCUAGACAAUGCAAUAAAAUCAGGCAGUGCUCAGGGUAACCCGAUGAUGUCGUCGCUAAAGACAUGCAAGGAGAGCUACGCGUCGCUGGUAGACUCCAUCAAUACCACGCGGAACACGCUCAAAAGCGGCGGCAGCAAUGCAGACCUCAUGUCGGAGCUAUCCGCGGCGGACACCUUCGCCACCGACUGCGGGGACACCUUCGACGAGCGACCAGACCUCAACUCACCCAUACCCGGUGCACAGCGCCACGUCAACCGCCUCAUCAGCAACUGCCUUGACCUAGCAGCCACCAUUAAGGAACAACCCUAGAUGCCUAUGAUGUGGACACUGAAAAAAUUUAUCUACAACUGGCUGAAGAAGAAACAGUCCCACAACCUACUUCAAAUUUACGACAUGUCUGCACAUACCAAUAAUUGUGUGGCUUAUCGAUUUUGGCUCUUUUUAUAUCCUUUGAUAUUGCUGGGGCAUAAAAAGCAAUCAUCGGUUAUUAGUAGGUGGAUACGUGUCGCAAAUCCAAAGAAGGUUGUAUGACUGUUUCUCUGUAGCCAACUAUAGAACUAGACCGCUUGCAUGCAUGUAUUGACGAGGACACACAGUGUUAGCAUGGUACAUUAUAUACAUCUAGUGUACAUUGCUCUGU